AUGACCACCAGCUACUACAGCGCUGCGCCAACCAGCAGCUACUCCAGCGCGUCUAGCUACUCCAGCGCCGACAACAAGUACUCGGCCGGUGGCAACUGGGGUGAGGGCUCGUACAGCACCAGCUACGGCAACCCGACCGCCAGCCCCAACCCAGUCCCGACCGCGGGCACCAUCGCCAAGCUCCUCACCGAGGACUCCCGCGUGGCUCGCUUCAAGGAGAUCCAGUCCGAGAUCCAGGACGGCAACAUUGCGCUCAAGUUCGACUUCAACCCGGCCGCCAACCCCGGCGUCACACCCGGCAAGGGUGGCCAGGUCGACUUGGCCAACCGGGCCAACUUCCCCGUCCUGACGGGCCUGGGCAUCUCGGCCGCGGGCAUCUUCUUCAACCCCUGCGGUCUCAACACCCCCCACAUCCACCCUGACGCCACCGAGUUCUUCACCGUGGCCACCGACAGCAACUUCACCACGGGCUUCGUGCUCGAGAACGGCCUGGCGACCGAGUUCACCACGUCGCUGACCCAGUUCCAGGGCACCGUCUUCCCCAUGGGCUCGAUCCACUGGCAACAGAACAACGACUGCUACCCGGCCGUGGCCAUCGCCGGCCUCAACUCCGAGGACCCCGGUGCCAGCUCCAUCGCCCAGAACUACAUCAUCAACACCAACCCGGACAUUGUCGACGCCUCGCUCGGCUUCCCCAAGCAGAUCGACGCCAACAACUUUGCCCAGUUCAAGGCCAACAUCCCUCCCCCCUUGGCCCUCGGUGUCGAGGAGUGCCUGAUCCGCUGCCACAUCAAGUACUAA